AUGUUUGCCGUAAGUAUAGCACAAUCUAACUCAUCGCAUAAUUCGGCUAAAUAUGGAUCAAGUGUUGGACACAAUCACAGCCCCAACGCCUUCCCACAGCAGACAAACAUUCCUCCGCAGCCGUCGUCCACACGCGCGUCCGGACACAACUCGCCCACCAAUCGGCACAAGACUGGGUCGUCGGGUGAG